AUGGAACUGAGCGCCCCCACAUCAAACCUGUGCUGCUGCCCCAGGCUGUGGCCUCCUGGGAGUCGUGGGACAAGGUCGAGUGUGGAGAAGUGCCUAUUUAACCGGAAAUUUGUUGGAAAGGAGCUUAAUAGGAAUGCCAAGAAACACAGUAAAGAAAAGGCAGAAAAGGUCAAGACGAAGCAGGCCAUUCAGAAAGGCAACACAGAAGUGGCAGGAACACACGCUGAAAAUGCAGUCCGCCAGGAGAACCACGCCAUUAACUUCUUGGGAACGAGCGUGAGGGUGGACGCCUCGGCAGCCCGAGCUCAAACUGCCGUGACAAGGGGAGUGGUGACCGGGUCCACGGCGGGCACAGUUAAGUCUACCGAUGCCACACCGAGGAGCAGGAACCUCGAAAAUUCUGCCCUGCUGGACACACUUGCACACCAAUUUGAAACGCUGGAUGUUCAAACACAACAAAUGGAAGGCACAGUGCGUAGCGCUACAGCCCCAACCCCAGCACAAGACCAAGCUGAUGUGCUGCUUCAAGGAGCGGCAGAUGAAGCCGGCCCUGAUCUCACUGUGGAACUACCACAGGGUCACACAGGACCUGCUGGCACCCGGGCCCCCUCCACGGAGCAGGAUGGACUGUGACGGAGACGUGCUGAAGUGUGAUCUACAGGGCCGGCGCGUUGGUCACUU